GGAGGGGCCUCCCAGAAACUCCCUUCCCCAGUGCCCAGCCGCCCCACCUUGCCAGACUUAGGUGACCAGCCAGCAAGGAUGCCCGCUGCCUCCCACCUGCCCUCCUGCCCUCCAUCGCCAGCCAAGCCCAACCUGAGCCAGCACCUGCCUUUAACGACCAAGUUCAAGGGGCUGAGCAAAGGCUCCCAGGGGAAGGGGUCCCCCAAGGGUUCCCCAGCCAAGGGGUCCCCCAAAGGCUCCCCCAGCAAGCACAGCCGGGCUGCCACCCAGGAGCUGGCCCUGCUCAUCUCCCGCAUGCAAGCCAACCCCGACCAGGUGGAGCGGGACAUCCUGGAGACGCAGAAGAGGCUGCAGCAGGACCGGCUGAACAGUGAGCAGAGCCAGGCCCUGCAGCACCAGCAGGAGACGGGCGGCAGCCUGAAGGAGGCCGAGGUGCUGCUCAAGGACCUCUUCCUGGACGAGGACAAGGCCCGGCGGCUCAAGCACCCGCAGGCUGAGGAGACUGAGAAGGACAUCGAGCAGCUGCACGAGCAGGUGACCCAGGAGUGUGCCGAGUACCGUGCCCUGUACGAGAAGAUGGUGCUGCCGCCAGACGUGGGAUCCAGGGUCAACUGGGCACACGUGCUGGAGCAGAAACAGAAGCAGGUCUGCGCAGGCCAGUACGGGCCGGGCAUGGCGGAGCUGGAGGAACAGAUCGCGGAGCUCAACAUCCUGCAGAACGAGAUCGACGACCAAGGAGAGCAGCUGGGGAGCCUCGUGGGGCCGGAUGCAGCCACCAUCCGGAGCCAAUACCGAGACCUACUGAAGGCGGCAUCGUGGCGCGGGCAGAGCCUGGUCAGCCUGUACACGCACCUGCAGGGCUGCACGCGGCAGCUGAGCGCCCUGGCGGAGCAGCAGUGCCGCAUCCUGCAGCAGGACUGGAGCGACCUCAUGGCCGACCCUGCGGGCGUGCGGCGGGAGUACGAGGUCGACUUCAAGCAGCACUAGCUGCUGAGCCAGGAGCAGAGCGUAAACCAGCUGGAGGACGACGGCGAGCACAUGGUGGAGCUGCGGCACCCCGCGGUGGGGCCCAUCCAGGCCCACCAGGAGGCCCUGAAGAUGGAGUGGCAGAACUUCCUGAACCUGUGUAUCUGCCAGGAGACCCAGCUGCAGCACGUGGAGGACUACAGCCGCUUUCCAGAAGAGGCCGACUCAGUCAGCCAGACCCUGGAGAAGCUCAACUCCAACUUGGAUGCCAAGUCCAGCCCUGCACCUAGGGGCCCCCCUGGCACCCCCACAGAGCUGCUGCAACAGCUGGAGGCAGAGGAGAAACAGCUGGCCAUCACUGAGAGGGCCACUGGGGACCUGCAGCUGCGAAGCCGGGAUGUGGUCCCCCUGCCACAGCGAAGAAACCUGCCUUAGCAGCCCCUGCACGUGGACAGCAUCUGUGACUGGGACCCAGGAGAAGUGCAGCUGCUGCGGGGUGAGCGGUAUAAGCUGAUAGAUAACACUGACCCGCACACCUGGGUCGUGCAGGGCCCUGGUGGGGAGAACAAGUGUGCUUCUGCCGCCUGCUUCUACAUCCCAGCACCAUACCCUGAUGCCGUGGCCAGUGCCUCCCGGCUGGCCUCGGAGCUGCAGGCCCUGAAGCAGAAAUGGGCCACAGUCCAGAGCCGCCUGAAGGCCAGCACUGUGGAGUCUGUUCAGCCCAGCCAGCAGGCUGCAUCUGGCUUGGCCCUGGCCAACCCACAGGCCCAGAAGCUCCUGACACAGAUGACCCGGCUGGAUGGAGACCUGGGACAGAUAGAGAGGCAGGUGCUGGCCUGGGCACGGGCCCAGCUGAGCCGCACCACGCCCCUGGAGGACCUGGAGGGCCACAUCCACAGCCACGAGAGCCCAGACUGUGAACUUGCACUCCCUGGAGGAAUGGCUGAUUCCAAGUGUGGGGAAAAUGUAAGAGAUAAGCAGAGAACAGCAGUUUCCUUAUUUUGCUCUCUCGUCCAACACCAGACAACGUGCUCGUCAAAAGGACUCAGAACCCAAUAUGAAGACGCACCCAGCAUUCAACGAAGGGAAAAAAUGAGCAUCAAUAAAAAUAACGGCCAGGUGCGGUGGCUCACGCCUAUAAUCCCAACACUUUGGGAGGCAGAGGCAGGUGGAUUGCUUUUGAGCUCAGGAUUUGAAGACCAGCCUGGUGAACAUGGCAAAACCCUGUCUCUACCAGAAACACAAAAAUUAGCUGGGCGUGGUGGUGUACCUGUGGUCCCAGCUACUCAAGAGGGUGAGGUGGGAGGAUUGCUGGAGGCCGGGAAGUCAAGGCUGCAGUGGGCAGAGAUUAUACCACUGCACUACAGCUUGGGUGACAGAGUAAGACCCUGCCUCAAAACAAUAAAUGAAUAAAUAAAAAUAAAAAUAACUGCAAUCAAAUGAAACACAAAUAUGUUAAAACGUGUAAGUUCAUAAUAUACUAAAAAA